AUGGAUGGCCACGGCUACCCCCCGGGCGAAGGCCCGCCUAACGGCGAUGGCGAGUACGGCGAAGAAUGGGCUCGCGACUUGAGGGUAAAGUUCGAGUCACUCCUUCGUGACAAGCGUAUGACCGAACUUCGAACGUCUUCCCGGCAAGGCACUCCGCAACCCAGAGAGAGCGCAAGCAGCGCCAACCUUCGUGGUCUUGCAUCACCUGGGCCCGGUCGACCUUCAACUUCGCACAGCUCGACACCCGUGCCACCGACACCACCCGCUUACUCUCGCCACCUCCCCAAGAUCCCCACACCUCCCGCCGCCAACGACCGCGAUUCUCAAAAGUUCCGCAAUUUAAUGAUCAGCCUUUCUCUCACCCCGACAAAGUACGAAAACCCUGGUUUGUUGGACGAGGCUCUGCAGUGUAUUCCCCUCGACCGGAUAUACGGCGAGGCGGAAGAGGAAUGCCAAGUGAUGCAGGCCGAGGCUGAGAGUAUGGGGGAUGGACGCAAAGCCACUUGGGGCUACCAAGAUUGCGUUAUUCGGGCACUACUGAGAUGGUUCAAGCGAUCAUUCUUCACCUGGGUUAACAACCCCCCUUGCCCUGUCUGCCUCUCGCCCACAAUCGCCCAAGGCAUGACACCCCCGACGCCUGACGAGAGUGCAUGCGGUGCGCUUCGAGUCGAGCUCUACCACUGCUCAGCCAGAGACUGCGGCGCCUAUGAACGAUUUCCCAGGUACGGCGACGUAUGGAGACUGUUGCACACCCGCAGAGGACGUGUUGGAGAAUGGGCAAAUUGUUUCAGCAUGCUUUGCCGUGCUAUGGGAGGCAGAGUCCGUUGGAUCUGGAACGCAGAGGACCACGUCUGGACCGAAGUCUACUCGGAACAUCAGAAGCGCUGGGUCCACGUUGACGCUUGUGAAGAGGCAUGGGACAACCCUCGUCUCUAUACCGAGGGCUGGGGCAAGAAGAUGUCCUACUGCAUCGCUUUCUCCAUCGAUGGCGCCACGGAUGUUACCCGACGAUACGUACGCAAAAGCGACUUCUGUGCGGAACGCAAUAGGUGCCCCGAAGAAGUACUGCUUUACAUCCUAAACGAGAUCAGAGGUCUGCGUCGCGGUAACAUGAACAAGGAUGAGAAGUUCAGACUCGAGAAAGAGGACAGCCGCGAGGACCGCGAGCUCCGGGGAUAUGUCAUCAAGUCCAUCGCCCAAGCCGUCACCGAUCUCGUUCCUGGCAUGCCCAGCCCUUCGACGAGCAGCGCGCCCCCUCCCACUCAAUCAGCUCCCCAGAGACGUGACGACACCAAGCUGCCUGCUGAGCAGCCUGGUCGCCAGACUGGUUCCGCAGAGUAUCUUGCGGCACAGGCCAACGCGAGGCAUCACCAAUUCCCCCCUCACGACCCGAACCGUCGCCGCGACCUGCCUUGA